UAGGGUCUGCUGCAGAGGUUUCCUCCCGAUCCUGCACGGCAUAGGCGGCAGGGGCGAUCCCCAGCCUCCAUGUGCCCACCGAAGCCGCGAAAGCACUUAGAGUAAAUGCCUAUCGCACGAUCAUGGCAGCUCCGCACGGGCUCCUGUGCUCCCGUACGGCUUUCAAAUAGGUAAAAGUGAAUCGGAGACGGAAAGGUAGCGGAAGAUGGCGGCGAAGAGGGCUGCUUUCCAGCCGCUGUCCGGCUCUCGGGUCCCGGAGAGGAAGGGAGCGGCUGACCGCGCUAAGGCUAACCCGCAGUGCUGUGCUUCCCCUGCCCACCAGGAGCCGGAGAAAGAGGCGGCCGCCGCGCCUGGGAUCGGCGGCUCCGGGAUGCACCGGCAUGUCAUGGGGGCGGUCGGAGGGCCGGGUGCGGUGGACGAGUCCUCUGAUAGCGAGGGGGAACAAGAAGGGCCCCAGAAACUCAUCAGAAAAGUGUCAACAUCUGGGCAGAUCAGGAGCAAGACAAGCAUAAAGGAAGGGCUACUGCUCAAACAGACCAGCUCCUUCCAGCGGUGGAAGAAGCGAUACUUUAAGCUGCGGGGGAGGACGCUGUACUAUGCCAAGGAUGCCAAGGGGGGUGGCGUGCUGGCCCGUUGGCAGGAGAGAGCGCACCGGGCGUCCCGGAGCAGGGUUUUCUGGAGGGCACUCUCCAUGUGCUGGACCGGGCCUCGCCGUGCCCCCCCCUCUCUGGGCGCCGGUGGAUCAGAGGAAGGUUUGGUAACAGGCCGGUCCCUCAUUUUCGACGAAGUGGAUCUGUCUGACGCCAGCGUGGCGGAAUCGAGCACCAAGAAUGUCAACAACAGCUUCACGGUAAUCACUCCAUUCCGACGGCUCAUCCUCUGUGCGGAGAACAGGAAAGAGAUGGAGGACUGGAUCAGCUCCCUAAAAUCCGUCCAGUCCAGGGAACAUUAUGAGACGGCACAGUUUAAUGUGGAACAUUUCUCAGGGAUGCACAACUGGUAUGCCUGCUCCCAUGCCCGCCCCACCUUCUGCAACGUCUGCCGGGACAGCCUGUCGGGGGUCACCUCGCAUGGCCUCUCCUGUGAAGUCUGCAAGUUUAAAGCCCACAAGCGCUGUGCCGUUAGGGCGACAAACAACUGCAAAUGGACAACGCUGGCCUCCAUCGGGAAGGACAUCAUCGAGGACGAGGAUGGAAUCGCUAUGCCCCACCAGUGGCUGGAGGGGAACCUGCCCGUCAGCGCCAAAUGCGCCGUGUGCGAUAAGACGUGCGGGAGCGUGCUCCGGCUGCAGGACUGGCGAUGCCUCUGGUGCAAGGCCAUGGUGCAUACAGCCUGCAUGGACCUGUACCCCCGCAAAUGUCCACUGGGCCAGUGCAAGGUGUCCAUCAUCCCGCCCACAGCCCUCAACAGCAUCGACUCGGACGGCUUCUGGAAGGCCACCUGUCCUCCUUCCUGUGCCAGCCCACUCCUGGUCUUCGUCAACUCCAAGAGCGGCGACAACCAGGGGGUUAAGUUCCUGCGGCGCUUCAAACAGCUCCUCAACCCUGCUCAGGUCUUUGACCUGGUCAAUGGCGGCCCUCACUUAGGCCUGCGUCUGUUCCAGAAGUUCGACAACUUCCGGAUCCUCGUGUGUGGAGGAGAUGGCAGCGUGGGCUGGGUCCUGUCUGAAAUCGACAAGCUCAGCCUCCACAAGCAGUGCCAACUGGGCGUGCUGCCCCUGGGUACGGGGAAUGACCUGGCACGGGUGCUGGGCUGGGGGCCGUCCUGCGACGAUGACGCCCAGCUGCCGCAGAUUCUGGAGAAGCUGGAGAGGGCCAGCACCAAGAUGCUUGACCGGUGGAGCAUAAUGACCUACGAGAUUAAGAUACCUCCCAAACACAGCUGCCCCGCCACACCAGAGGACAUGGAGGAGAGCCAGCAGGUCCAGAUAUCCUCUUACGAGGAUUCAGUCGCUACCCACCUCACCAAGAUCCUGAACUCGGACCAGCACUCCGUGGUCAUCUCGUCCGCCAAGGUGCUUUGUGAGACGGUCAAGGACUUCGUUGCCAAAGUCGGAAAGUCGUACGAGAAAGCCACGGAGAAUACAGACGAGGCUGAGAGCAUGUCUGUGAAGUGUGCCAUCCUCAACGAGAAGCUGGACUCGCUCCUCCAAACCCUCCAAGUGGAGGCCCAGGCCACGGCCCUGCGCGGCACGCCGCCCAUCGUGGAGGAGGACCCAGAGGAGGUGCAGGAGCUGGAGGACCACAGCGAGGAGUCCCUGACGGAGCUGAAGGAGAAGCUGGAGGGAUCCCCGCACAAGAUCUUCAAAGCCAAAGAGCAGCUCAUGCUUCGGGCCAAUAGCUUGAAGAAGGCAGUGAGGCAGAUCGUCGAGCAGGCAGAGAAAGUCGUGGAUGAGCAGAACGCUCACACUGAGGAGCUGCAGGACCCUCAGUCCCCGGCGGAUUUCCGGAAGGAGAGCGAGGAGGAGGACAAAGACAACGAAAAGGAUGAGGACACCAAAGAGCUGGAAUCUCAGUCUUCUAAGACGACGACGCCGUGCUCCCCCCCGGAGAGAAGGCUGAGCCGGAGCACCCAAUCCUGUGGCUCCUUCUCCAUGCCCCCCUUCACCACCAGCAAGGAGAAUCUACCUGUGCUCAACACACGCAUCAUCUGCCCUGGCCUGCGAGCUGGUCUGGCUGCGUCCAUCGCCGGGAGCUCGAUCAUCAGCAAGAUGCUCCUGGCCAACAUAGACCCAUUUGGAGCAACACCAUUCAUUGACCCAGAUCUUGACUCUAUGGACGGCUACCUGGAGAAGUGUGUCAUGAACAAUUACUUUGGCAUCGGACUAGACGCCAAGAUCUCCUUGGAGUUCAACAAUAAGCGGGAGGAGCAUCCUGAGAAGUGCAGGAGCCGUACCAAGAACAUGAUGUGGUACGGGGUGCUGGGCACCAAAGAGCUGCUGCAGAGGACCUACAAGAAUCUGGAGCAGAAGGUCCAGCUGGAGUGCGAUGGCCAGUACAUCCCCCUCCCCAGUCUCCAGGGAAUCGCCGUGUUGAAUAUUCCCAGUUACGCCGGUGGCACUAACUUCUGGGGUGGGACCAAAGAGGAUGACAUCUUUUGUGCGCCCUCGUUUGACGAUAAGAUCUUGGAGGUGGUGGCCGUAUUCGGCAGCAUGCAGAUGGCCGUCUCCAGAGUCAUCAAACUCCAGCAUCACCGGAUCGCCCAGUGCCGCACGGUGAAGAUCACCAUCCUAGGAGAUGAAGGUGUGCCCAUCCAGGUGGAUGGUGAGGCCUGGAUCCAGCCCCCUGGGGUUAUAAAGAUCCAGCACAAAAACCGGGCCCAAAUGUUGACGCGGGACAGGGCCUUUGAAAACACCCUCAAGUCCUGGGAGGACAAGCUGAAGUACGAUAAGCCCCCCCUGCGGCCGCACCUCUACCCCCAGCAGUCUGUCGACCUGGCAACAGAAGAGGAAGCCGCGCUCAUCCAGAUGUGCGCCCGUGCCGCUGAGGAGCUCAUCACCAGGAUCUGUGAGGCUGCCAAGACCAAUGGGCUCCUGGAGCAGGAGCUGGCCCACGCCGUCAACGCCUGCUCCCACGCCCUCAACAAGACGCACCCCAAGUUCCCUGAGAGCCUGACCAGGAACACGGCCAUCGAGGUGGCCAGUAAUGUCAAGGCCCUGCACAAUGAGACAGAAUCGCUGCUGGUGGGCCGGGUGUCACUGCAACUGGACUCCCCCCACGAGGAGCUGCUGUCGAGCGCGCUGCAGAGCGUGGAGCUGGAGCUGGGGAAGCUGGCUGAGAUCCCAUGGCUGUACCACAUCCUGCAGCCCGACGACGAGGAGGACCCCUCCCUGGAGUAUGGCAAGAGGAAUAGCCGCAGUUCCAUGUUCCGCAUCGUGCCAAAGUUCAAGAAGGAGAAGGUUCUGAAGAAGGGCACCUCCCAGCCAGUUCAGAAGUGGGGUACUGAGGAGGUGGCCGCCUGGUUGGAGCAGCUCAGCUUGGGGGAAUACAAAGACACCUUCAUCCGCCACGACAUCCGCGGCUCCGAGCUCCUUCACCUGGAGAGGAGAGACCUCAAGGAUCUGGGGAUAUCGAAGGUGGGCCAUAUGAAGAGAAUUCUACAGGGAACUAAGGAGCUGGCCAAGAGCAACCUGACAGACCUCUAAGAUGGGCGAGAUCCUGCAGCGUUUCACAGAGCUUUAUUGUAUGAGAGAGCUUGGUACAGAGGGCAGAGCUCUGCAGGGACUCGGAGGAAGUCCCUCUUAAAGACAACUGCUGAGGUGUUUUUUUUUUUAAGAUGGUAGCAGUGCCAAAUGUUCUAGAAUGACAGCUGUAGGUGGGUAGACUCAAAAAUGCCAUUUUAAAGUGCUCCACUCCGGGCAAAGUCAGGUAUGCAACAAUCAACAUUUAAGGGACAGUCUCUGGCCUCCAGGGUGGGGGGAGGGGGGGUAUGGCAAAGUAGCAAAACAGAACUUCCAUGAAGCAUGUACUGUGGGUAGUGUUUAUGGCUUGUUAAUGCUAACCGACACAUUGGCUAUAUCAUUGAUGCUAGUAUCAGGAGGGAGACAUUUAUGUCUGAAAUAUCAUGCUUUCAACAGCAUUGUUUACAUUUUAGGUUGGCAGGGAGGAGACGGCAGACAUUGAAAAUGAAUGGUAGUUCAGCUGUAAUGGGUUUGGGACCAAGGACAAAAAAUUGCUUUGGAGUCUCCUAACAGUGAAGUAAUGCAUGGUACGUCUGCUUGGUUCGGAAAUCUAUUUUAUUGCAUGAUUAAUGUCAGAUUUUUUUAACAUACACAAAGAACACUUGAACGAGUUUUAUAUCGAUUUAAUAUUAUGCCAUUUGUUACUACUGAAGUCUGAAGUAACCCUUUGCCUCUAGGUUUCGUAAUUCGAUUUUUAGCAUGGAAGCUAUGCGUAAAGAAGCUGUGUUCUUUAGCAGUCGUGUGCCAUAUUUUUUUUCAGCGUUAUUAACUGUUUUGCGUACCUUAUAAGUCGGUUAUCCUAGUUUAUACAAACAGAUUUUUCAAAUACCAAGGACCUUAUGAACUGUUAGUUGGAAUGCAGUGUUUCACACAGGUAUAGCCAGGUUUGAGCGGUAUUACGGUAUAUCACAGUACUUCACGCUUCAAAAUUAGCUGAGGAUCAGCCGAUAGUUAGCCGAUGAAUUUUUAUUGCCAAGAUUUCAAAAUACCAGAAUAGCGUUGCUUUUGAAAAUACCGUCAAAAUACCUUAUACUGCAGUAUAAUGUUUGGAUGGUAUGACGGUAUGAAAAAUUAUAUACCGCGCAAGCCCAGGUAUAAGUAUGAACACUAGUACCAAAGGGAAGACAGUAUUUUGUAAGCAUUUGUUCUUCUUUGCCUAAAGUAAUUAUUGCACCAAAAUGGCACUUGAACAUUUAAACACUAUCAGGAGUUGCUUUAGAAUGAAUCGUGAAAAGUCAUUUGCCAACAACGUUAAUAUUUCUUAAGUUUAGUUAAGUUUUUUUGGGGUUGUUGAUAGGUACUUUCUCGCUGUUUACUCGGCAAGAAAUAAUCUACUUAAUAAACAGCUCUUGGUGAUUGUUAGACUCUGUGUUUAGGUUCAACUUUCAAAAGCCAGUGCAUCAGUCUCUGGCUGUAACAUAAUGCUUUAUCAGGUUAGGAAUAUUAUUUUAACACUUGGUGCAAAACUUACUCUGAGCUGUAAGUUUCCUGCAACCAGUGUCAGAUAAGUUUGUAGGACUUCAUUUUAAAUUGGUAUAGAUGAGGGCAUUACAGGGUAUACUUCUAUAUGAAAUUGUUCAGUUGUGUGUAUAUAUAAUAGAUGACUUAAAUCUAUAUGGUAAUAGUUAUAGGCCUUUGUAGAUUGCUUAUAAAUGACAGCUCACACAUUUAAAUGUGUGUCUUGCACCAGAACCCCAAUGUUAAUGAUAGUUUAGUGAACUCAUAUUUUUAUAUGCUGUUGUACUUUAAUGAAGGUGCAAUAUUGUACUUAUUUUGAUACUGUUGAUUGUAUUUUGAAGCUAUAAAAUGUGAUUGAGUUUGGUUUUGUUUUGGAAACUAAAAAGAGUGUUUCAUUAACUUCUCUCCUUGGUUCCUAGAAAAAGGUGGACCUUUAGGUAGCCCAACUAUAAAAUCAAACGGCUUCGGACUGUCCAAAGUGCUUCCAACAGCUGGUUAUUUCUCAUGUUUCACUGUGCUUCCUGGAUAAUUUAAGCAGAGCGUGUCUGGAAAUUUCCUUGUGCAAAUUCUAAAACAAGUUACAUGUUGGUUGUCACAUUACAUAAAAGCGGCCAUUUUAAAUAUACUUCAAUCAGAGUAAUAGUAUACAGUAAAGUGGCAAAUCAUCUUUGAUUACUUCCUCAGUAAAAUUAUUCAUUACAGCAAUUCCCCACUAGAUGGAGAAAGUACGAUACUCAUUUAUACAGAUCUCACUUUUUUUCUAACCUUUACAUGUUUUAGUUUGUAGUCCUUUGAAUUAUUGCAAUACGUCAUUGAAAAUCAUUGCAAAAGCUGUAAGACUGACAAUAGCCCCCUAAUUUUCCUUUGUAAAACGGUUUCUUGGGAAGUAAAUGAGGGAAACUUUGCCAUUGGAGGGACACAGAAAUAAUUUCAAUCGUAAUAAUUUAUUAACUUCUAACAAAGUUGAAAACAUGCACUGAAAUUACGGGACUCAAUACCACCGCUGCUUCUGUGGACAAUCAAAUGGUUUCAUUUAUGCUUCAUGCUGCAUUUUUUGACAGGUAUCAGGAAAUAUAUUAAUUGAAAUUAGUAUUCAGUGUAGACCUGAAGUACCCAUAAAAUAAAUGUAGGUUAUUGUUACUCUACACGGUUUAUUCUCUGAAUGUCCAAGAAAGAUUAAUUCCUCAUCAUUAAGAUGAGAUUUAUUCCAUGAAGAUACAUGGCCGGGUCACUAUGUAUUAAUCUAUUUCUUGAUCCCUGUUAUUAAAUGGUGCUUACAGCUUAGGUUUAAGAAACAUUUUAGACUGAAUUGGUUAUAUUUUAGUUUUAAAAUUCUUAGUUUUUUUUUUUACCUGGGCUGUUGAAAGUUUUUUUCUGACUUAGGUGUGUCUAAGUUACUGGCCAAAUUUAUUUGUAUAGCUGAAGAUUCUGCAACUGCACUAUCCAAGACACUUUUCCUCCACUGUUAAAACAAUGUGUCCCCUUUAAGGUUUCCAGACGUGUGUUGCUUAAUAGUUAAUUUGACCUUUGCGGCACUCGGUUCAAUAUAAACAAGUGAACCACAAGUAUGAAAUAGGAGGUGCAAAUAUGGUGUUUGGGAGAGGCAAGCGGUUCGUGUUAUUUUACUGUGCAAAAACAGAACUGGGGUCCUGUCAUGAAAUAAAACUGGCAUUGCCAGAUAUACUGAGGUUUCCCUUAGUUGGUGGAAGAUAGAUAUUCAUAUGUGAGCUUAGAUUUCAGCAGAUACUAUAGAACACUACAUGUUUACUAUGAUAACUAAAUUCCAUUACAAAAGAGUAAUGUUUCAAAAAAUAACUGAUGCCAAAAUAAUUAGCAAAAUGUAUUAUGUCUAUUUAUUAUCUAAUUCUGAUUUUUUUUGUAUAUUGGUAACAUAAUAUGUACCUUAACAAUUCAGUCUAAUCCGUGAAAUAAAACGAAAAACAAAAAUGCUUGUAAAAUGAGUUAAAAACAAUGCAGCUAAACGUAUUCAACAGCUAAACUUUUGUGGGUGAUAAAGGAACCGAUAGGAAACUAUGUGUUACGUUUUAUUGACCGUGGUUUUGUUUAAUGGCUUCCACUUCUGUUUGCAUACAUCCCUGUGGCACACGUGAUACGAGGUCAUUUGGACGGCUUUUCGAUCUGCAAGUAUGAAACAUUUACCGCAUUUGAUAUUAAGAUAGCUGAGUUAAUGACAACACACAGUGCCUUAUUCAAACAAGGCGUGGCUUCCACUCUUUAACCAUUUAUUUGGACAGAAAAGCCCAGGAAAGUGGAUGGUUUCAGGUGACCUAAUGAUAUUCCUGUAACGGAUCAUAUCUUCUUCAACAUGAUAACAUGGGAUGGUGUAUAAUGCACCUAUUUUUUUUUCUUUUCUUUUCUUGCCACUCUCCCAAAGGCCCUGUAAAAUCAGGUUUGGUGUUUAAAUUAGCAGUUCUACAACGGACUGAAUUUUCAUUAUGAAAUGUUCAUAUUUUAUAUGAAGUCCUCCCUAACAUUUAAUAAGGAAACUGACGCAAAUGUAUACCAAAUAUCAGCUUUACCUGAGUAGUGAGAAUAAGUCGCAAACUACCUGGUUUUAAAACCACCACAUUGUGUAGAACCGUGUAGAGGAUGCUAACAAAUCUCUAACUUGGUUUCCAACAAGGUGAAGGAGAACUUUCAUUUGUUUACAUUCUGUUUACAAUGGCACAGUUUCAUUUUUAACAUUUUAUAAUGUCUAAAUUAAUCAUAUAUAAUAUAUUAUAUUUGUUUGUAUAAUAUAUUAUAUAUCAUAUAGGUAUAUAAAUAGGUAUACACAAUAUUUGCGUAUUUAUUGCCUAAGAUUUAACCAAUGUGUAAUGUGUUUUCACCUUUGGAAUAUAAUGUUACAUUUAUUGUAUAGAUAUAUGGGUGGUUUUGGUAAAGUAGUUAGUAAUUUUUAUGACUACUAAGUGACUGUUUUUUGUGCCUUUUUAUUGUAGAAUGCAUGGUUAACUAUUUAUUACAAUAUGGAAGUCACUGAGAUGUGUAUUUUUGUAUUCUGCUAAAAUUAAUGGGUAAACUUUGUUGUACAUUUUGAGAUGCCUUAAAGGCGAAUACUUAAUAUCUUCCUACAUCAAUAAACCUAAAGUCAUGAAAGAU